CAGUCUCCUUUGGAUUCACCGUUGGUCGCCUUCGUUGACUCGCUCCAUCCUCGGCACACAGGCGAAUCUUUCGUCCAUCAGCCAGAACCUGGAGGACUAUGACCGGUAGAUCUGUCUGCCAAGUCGAGGUGAUCCAGCGUUAGUGACCUGCAGCUUCCUCGCUCCCUACGGGAAAAAUGAGAACUAUCUUACUGGGCUUCACGUGGCUUUGUCUCGGCCUGUCCCUGGAUGCGUUGUCUUUGAUUGGAUGGAGGACGGAGGCAGUGGAUGGAGAGCGAAAUCUGGCGGCGGUCAGAGGAGGGAAGCUGCUCAGGAGAGUGAGACGCGGCUGGAUGUGGAACCAGUUUUUCCUGCAGGAAGAGUACACGGGCAGCGACUAUCAGUACAUUGGCAAGCUCCAGUCAGACCAGGACCACGGCAACGGCGUGGUCAAAUAUGUCCUGUCUGGCGAGGGGGCGGGCACCAUCUUUGUCAUCGACGAGAACAACGGCGACCUGCACGCCACCCGCCGCCUGGACCGCGAAGAGAAGUCUUUUUAUAUCCUCAAAGCCACCGUGGUCAACAAGCGCACGGGUCAAAAGUUGGAGCCGGAGACAGAUUUCACCGUCAAACUCCACGACAUCAACGAUAACGAGCCUCAGUUCAGCAAGGAGGUCUACACUGGCAGCGUACCGGAGAGGUCUGACAUCGGUACGUCCGUCAUCCAGGUGACAGCGACGGAUGCUGAUGACAGUAUGUACGGGAACAGCGCCAAACUGGUGUACAGCAUCAGCCAAGGACACCCGUACUUCUCAGUGGACCCCAACACAGGCGUGAUCCGGACAGCGCUGGGUCCUGGCGACAUGGACCGCGAGCAGAGGGAGCACUACCAGGUCGUGAUCGAGGCCAAAGACAUGGCCGGGCAGCGGGGAGGCCUCACCGGCACCACGGUGGUUAACAUCAGCCUCACCGACGUCAACGACAACCCGCCUCAUUUCAGCCAGAGUAUUUACCAGUUCAGAGUUCCCGAGUCGGCCAAGUCUGGAACCCCCAUCGGACGAAUCAAGGCCACGGACAGAGACAUCGGGAAGAACGCCGAGAUGUAUUUCACCAUUGUCAGCGGCGACGGCAUGGAGAUGUUUGAGAUCUCCACUGACAAGGCCACUCAGGAGGGAGUAAUCACCGUCAGCAAGCCUCUGGAUUUUGAGAAGAAGCCGUCGUACACGGUCGAGAUCCAGGUCCAGAACACCCAGAUGGACCCUCGCUUCAUGGCCGCGGGCUCCAGAGACGUGGCCACGGUGAGAAUCGCUGUGGACGAUGUCGACGAGCCGCCGCUGUUUGACAAGACGAGCUAUCUGAUGGAGUUAAAGGAAGACGCGGAAGUGGGCGUGGCGGUGGGUUCGGUCAGUGCCAUGGACCCUGACGGAGCUCGCAGUGUUGUCAAGUACUCCAUCGACCGUCGCACCGACAUGGACCGCCUGUUCAACGUCCACCCGGGGAACGGCUCCGUGUUCCUGCUCAAGCGUCUGGACAGAGAGGAGACGGCCUGGCACAACAUCUCCGUCAUCGCCACCGAGUUCAAUAAUCCCCGUCAGAGCAGCCAUGUUCCCGUCUACAUCCGCCUGCUGGACAUCAACGACAACGCGCCCACCUUCGCCACCGUGUACGAAACCUUCGUCUGUGAGAGAACCAAGGCUGGUCAGCGGAUCCAGACGGUGAGUGCCGUCGACGCAGACGAGCCUUCGUCGGGACACAAGUUCUUCUUCAGUCUGGCUCCUGAGAAGAUGCACCGCAGCAACUUCACCGUCCGAGACAACGGCGAUAACACUGCCAGCAUCCUGACACGUCGCGCCAGCUAUAGUCGUCUUCACCAGAGCAUCUACCUGGUUCCCGUGGUGAUCACUGAUGGCGACUACCCCAUGCAGAGCAGCACAGGGACGCUGACUGUGAGAGUGUGCACCUGCGACCGUGAAGGCAACAUGGAGCUGUGUAAUCCCGAGGCUCUGAGCAGCUCUCCUGGCCUCAGCACCGGCGCACUCAUCGCCAUCCUCUUGUGUGCCAUCAUACUGCUGAUGAUCGUGGUUCUGUUCACGGCACUGAAACGCCAGCGGAAGCAGGAACCGCUCAUCAUCUCCAAGGAGGACGUCCGUGACAACGUGGUGAGCUACAACGACGAGGGCGGCGGCGAGGAGGACACCCAGGCCUUCGACAUCGGAGCGCUGCGACAUCCAGACGCCGCCGCCGCCUUGGAGGAGUCUGCCAAGCAGAGGCGUGACAUCAUCCCCACGGACACUCUGCUCUACCCACCGCUCCGCCGGCCUGCACCCACCGCCCCCGGCCUCAUCAUGCCGCCUGUCAACUUAGCCUCGCGGGACAACGGUGACGUACGCGAAUUCAUCAACCAGAGGGUUCUGGAGAACGACUGUAACCCGACGGCGCCGCCUUAUGACUCGCUGGCCACCUACGCGUACGAGGGCACCGGCUCGGUGGCCGAGUCACUGAGCUCGCUGGGCUCAGCUUCAUCUGAGGCCGAGCAGGACUAUCACUACCUGAGUGACUGGGGGCCCAGGUUCAGGAAACUAGCCGACCUGUACGGAGCCGAGGACAGUGACUUCUGCUAACAGAGAUACCACGGAACCACACACAUACACACACACACACACACACACA